CGAGACUUGGAGUUUCCCAAGAAAACCACACAGCCAGGGUUUAACAGCAGCGGGACUACUUAAGAAUUUGCAGCUGGGAGAGAGUGACAGAUUGUCACAGAGCCUCUGUUAUUACGGCGCACACUUUACUACUCGUGUUUUAAACCGUGGACCUCUUCAAUCCGACUGUAAGUGAACUCAACACAAGCUGCACCGGCUGUGACAUCGCCAAUCAAAAAUGUCUCACCCUAAACCUCUGCUCAUCCCGUGGCUGCGGGGCAAGAUUAACAGCGAACAGUAUCCUGGUGUCCAAUGGAUGAACCCGGAGCGCACGGAGUUCUCUAUCCCCUGGAAACAUGCGUUAAGACAGGACUCAUCGAACACUGACAUUCUUAUCUUUAAGGCCUGGGCAGAGGUGAGUGGGAACGGCCGGGCACAGGGAGACGCCUCAGUGUGGAAGAGGAACUUCCGCAGCGCUCUCCGAGCCAAAGGCUUCAAACUGGUGUCUGACAAAAAGAACGACGCAGCGCACCCACACAAAGUGUUUCGCUGGCCGGAAGAGUCUGCAUCAGGAGGUGAGGAUUCAUCUGCUGGAUCCCAGGAUCAAGAUGACCUGGAUUUGUUUGAGGAUUGUGGCUUUCCUAUACAAGAAAGCCAGGUUGUCCCAUGUCUUGAUGCCUUUCUCUUUCAUCAAGAAGAAACUGGGCUUUCUGUAGAAUCCACUGUGCACCAGGAUGUUCUCCAGGAGUGUCUAAAGGGACUGAACAUUGGCCCUGAAACAGAGGGCAUCACAGGCUUCGAGCCUCCUCCUGAGCAACAGCAGUUUCAGAGCCAGGCUGUGAUUGGUGCACAGGCGUUUCCUGGGCAACAGCAGUACCCAGUAACGUUUGAGGGUGCAGUCAAGGAAACUGGGUUGCCUGAGCAACCAGUAUAUCCAAUGGGGGGAGCUGUGGGCGGGGUCAGUGACGGGGAACUUGUGGAGCAGUUCCUGCAGACUAUGACCCAGACCAAUGAUGGAAACAGUAUUAAGACUCAUUUCAGGAUAAUAGUCUACUACAGAGGGGUGAAGGUCUCCGAGCAGAUGGUUGAGAAUGAAGCUGGAUUUCGCCUAGUUUAUAGGCCUGAGCUCAGCGGGACAGGUUUGGAUCAGGACUCGGGCCUUUCUGUGGUCUCUCUGCCAAGUCCCGGAGCAAUGUUGGAUCAAACCCAAGCCAAACUGACCCAUCGCAUCCUGGACAAGCUGGGGGAUGGUUUGGACGUGGGCGUGUCAGGCCAGGUGGUUUACAGCCAGCGACGGGGUGAAAUCAAAGCUUAUUGGAGCCUCUCCAAGUACGACAAGAGCAAACAGAUCCAGGAGAUUUCUAAAAUGCAUCGUGAACCGCUGUUUCAGUUCAGGGACUUUGUGCGAGGAAUAUUGAACUUCAUUGAUGGAAGAGACUCCCCUCCCUACUCCCUCUUCUUCUGCCUUGGAGAGAAGUGGCCUGACCCAGACGACAGGCCUUGGGGGAAGAAACUCAUCACAGUAGAGGUGGUCCUGACCUCAAUCGAGUUACUAAAGAACAUAGCUGUUGAAGGAGGCGCCUCCUCCCUGAAGUCUGUGGACCUGCAGAUGUCACUAGAAGAGAUGAUGGAGCUGUACUGAAAUAAGUCAUUGUUUACACAUUUUAUGUCCUAAUUAUACACAUAAUUUAUCUUCCAAUAAGUAGGGUAUGAAAAUGAAAAAAUAAGAAUGGGGACCAAUCAAAGGUGGUUUAAGAGGAUAAUUCUGCCAUCAGUGAUAUUAUUGAUGCGAAGAUACCAUGCUGCUUACUGCUGCAAAGACAAGCAGCUGAAUAGAAGAGCCCUGUCACUCAACUCAAGACAUGAAAAGUAUCUCUUCACUCAGUCUUUCUGGAACACUUGCAAAAAGUGUGUUCCAAAAUGAGCCGACUUGUUUUUUGUAAAAAUAACACAGCAGUUUUCCCUUCAGACUGCAGAGAAAUGCCACUCAAAGGCUGUCAGUCAUCUGUAUCAUCAUGCUGCUGGGAAAGUGAAAGUGGCCUCUUUGUGUUUAUAUUUAUAUUUACCGGAUCAAAAAGCAAACGUUAUGGUUCUAAAAGAUCCUCAUCAAAUCUUAAAUACUGUGCGUGCAUGGAGAUUUAUUUUCUGUCACUAUAACUAAAGCCUUCAAUGCAGAAAAACACAUGAAAUUAAGUGUUCAACAAAAAUCACAGAUCAGAUCUGACCUGGUUUCACAUGAGACAGCUUCAGAACAAUAUGAAAAAAAAAACCCCAGCUGAGCACAAUGUGACGGAGUUAUAAAGCAAAACUCGCAUUUUCCUUUCAGAUGUUUAUUCCAGGUUGUUUAAGGUGUUAGUUUACGUUGGGCCAAUAGUCUGUACAACAUAAGCUCUAAAGCAGCGCUAGAGAGGAGACGUCAAAAUACACUCAUCAGUACAAACAAUACAUUUUCAAGACAUGAUUAAAAUAUCACAUUUACACCGUGAAAUUUAUUGGACCUUCUCUUAUUUUAACUGGUGUGAUUGCUCUGCUGAUGUGUGUUUCUAGUGUGAAUUCAAAUAAAGAAUCACUUUUUAUAA